AUGAUGGUGCAGAUGCUGAUGGAACGGAGAAUUCUGGAGGAGGAAACUGAUCGCCAAAUGCGAAAACGUUUGGAUGGAGGUGUGCACGAAGGUGGCUGCAGCGGCCUUGGUCUCGGUGCCUUGGAGAGUUUCAUGGGUGGGGUGGUGGCUGUGGACAACCUUUGGCUCUGCGUGGCUAUCACCUUGGGCAUGGCGCUGGUCACCGGCCUCACGCAGCCCUUUGCUCAGCCGCAGAUGAAUGUCCUGCAGAGCGCCUGCUUCGCAUGCCUAGCCCUGGCAGCCGUCGGCUUCCGGCACCACAUGGCCCUGGCGCGGCUGGCGCUGGCGGUGCCCUUCGUGCUGCUGGUGCUGCAGCUGCGGCGGCCGGAUUCACCCGAGAUGCUGGCAUUGAGGCUGCAGCAGGAGUUGGAGGCCAAGAUCCACGAGGGACCCGUAGAAGUCAGCGCUGAGCAGUUUACGCAGAUCUUCACGGAUGAAACUGGAACCUUUCGUCUUGCAAUGGAAAAAAGUCGUGGCAAAAUGUCGUUCUUGGCUCUGACGGGCUGCCCGCAGACUUGGGGCAUAGAGCUUCGCUUCUUUUGGAGAGCAACGAGGUGCCGGCGUGGCUGGAGUGCCCUGAAGAAGUGCAGGAGAAGCUGCGAGGGCAGCUGCAGGGCCUGGGUCUCUUGGGAGAAGGCAAUCCAUGGCAUUUGGUGCUACAACAACUGCACUCUACGCUCCAUCCGGAGCAGCGACGCCACCGGAGGUUUGAGUUCGGUGAAGGAGAUGACGGAUCUGGGAGUUCUGGAGCUUGCAGGCAGCCAGAUCACUGGCAAUGUCUCUGAGCUGGCGAAGCUGAAAGGACUCUGCAAACUUGACCUUUCGCAUACAGAGGUCAUGGGCGAUCUUGCAGAGCUGUCGAAGCUCACGGCUCUCACACAGCUUCGACUUCCCCACACCCAGGUGUCAGGCAACGUCGCAGAGCUAUCGAAGCUGAAUCUCUUUCGCCUUGACCUUUCACAGACAGAGGUCAUGGGCGAUCUCGCGGAGCUGUCGAAGCUCACGGCUCUCGAAGACCUUCGACUUCCCCACACCCAGGUGUCGGGCAACGUUGCGGAGCUAUCGAAGCUGAAAGAACUCCGGCACCUUGACCUUUCGCGGACUCAGGUCGUGGGCGAUGUAUCGGUGCUAACGAACAUGACUAAGCUCUAUGACCUUUCCCUGGCACAGUCCCGAGUCCAUGGGGAUUUCGGCGUCAUCAGCAGCAUGCCCAGCCUGGAGGAGGCCGACUUGUCCAGCACCGCGGUGUCUGGGAACCUGGAGGACUUGCGGUGGGGUUGCUGCAAAAAGCUCCGGGAACUGCACCUUGGAGAUGCACAAGUGCGGGUUUCGCCUGAUGUUAGCGUUCGAAGAGGGUUGCUUCCAGCUUUGCGAUCUUUCAACGUCAGUGGUAGCAAGCUGAAUGCCAGCGUCAAUGAUCUGUUGGCGUUUUUGGCUUCCACGAGAAUCACCAGCAUUGUUGCCGCAGGAUGUGGUUUGACAGGCGAGCUCCCCGCGCUGCUUGCGAAAACUCCCUUGGGCACCUCUUUGCAGCUGCUAGACCUCUCAGGAAAUGGCUUGGAUGCGGUGGAUGCCUUGCUUGCGAACCUGAGACUGGAUGUUAGCCGCAAUGAAAUCCCGUUGCGCGUGAGCCGGGACGUCAUCAAAGCUGCGGCCAAGUCUGGGACAGACCUCUGGAUGAUGAACACAGAACUGGCGAACAGGGAGGAAAUCAUGGCGAAUUGCUCCAACGAGCUGCAGCUCGAGCAGAUGUGGACCCCAAGGGAGACCGGUGGAUACUCGUGCCAUGACCUCGUGCGACCCAAUAUUCGUGUCACGCCAGAGCGAUUCUUGCCAAAGAUCAUGUGUGCCUGUGGCCCAGGCCACUUUGGUGCCGGUACCAACUGCUCGGCAUGUCCGAAAAACACUUUCAACGACCAAAUGGAUCAAAACAAGUGUCAAGCUUGCCCUCAAGGCGGAAAGGCUCCAGCUGGAUCUCAGGCCCUUUCGGCCUGCAAGUGCCCCUAUGGUACGCCGGGGACGUUUGAGAACAAGACCAUGUGCCGAUGUGACCGCGGUGAAGCGCUCAGUUCUGACCACGAAUGUCGGUCCUGCGGCAAACUGCACCUGGUUUGCGAUGCACCUGGAAGCCUUGUAGCCACAGCGCCCUUGGAGCCGGGCCACAUCCGCUUGAAGGAGCCGUCGGAAGAGAUCUUCGAAUGCCUUGAUCGUCAACAUUGCAGGAACUCCAGUUGCGCACCAGGACUGGGAAGGA